GACACAGACAGACAGAGAGAGACAGACAGAGGAAGAGAGAUUACCUGGUUACUGUUUUAAGAGGAUAUACCUCUAUGACUACCUUAGUUCCGCACAAAAAUUGACUACUGGUUUUUUUACAGGUACCCCAAACAUGUUUCAAGCACAAGGCUACUUAACGACACAGUGGCACUAGAUAACUCAAUUCCACCACCCACCCCCUUCGACCACCACUCCCCGGUCAGAUUCUAGAUCUUCUGGCUUGUGUAAUCUCUGACAAUAGUAGGCCUACUAAUAACAGACUACAGUACGUAGUUCAAUAAAUGAAUUAUGUUCUCUCCUGAGGUAUUGACGUGAAUAUCAAUACUAUCGUUAAAUGAACGUGUGGGUUUUUUGCCAAACAUUUCUCAGUCAUUUUGUUUCACGAUGGCUCCCAUGUACAGAGAUAGAGAAGAAUACACGUUCUGUGGAAUCUGUAAUAUUUCUCUUGCUUUUGGACUGGCUUUUUUACUGCAUUUAUUUGUUGUUUGUUUCUCGAGUGAGGUUUGUGAAACAAAAGAUUUUCGAAUAUCACCACUUUACAAUGACGCGAAAAGUGUGGAUGUUGCUUUCCUAAAUACAUUAGCGGUGAACAAACGUGACUGCGCGCGUCAGUGUUUCACGGAACUAGGAUCCACUUGUAUCUUCUUUUCCUUCAACAACAGAGAUGGAGUUUGUUCUGUGUAUAACAGCAAUUUAUAUCUCUUCAGUUUUUCCACCAGUAACGGAGCCAAGAAUUACGAAUCUGUUCCUCUGGUUUCUCAAUUUGACUGUUAUGACGUCAUGAUGAAUGGAAUCAAGAUGGACGGUGUCUAUACGAUUACAUCACGUGACAACUCUACACCAAUCAGCGUAUUUUGUGAAAUUUCAGAUGAUUAUGGAUGGCUAGUAAUACAACGUAGAUCAAAUGGAUCAGAAGAUUUCUUCAGAAACUGGACUGACUAUAAAGACGGGUUUGGAAACCUCGAAAACGAAUUUUGGCUAGGAAACACCAUUAUCCACACACUGACGUCGCAGGGCGCCCUCUAUCGGCUGCGCGUUGAUCUAGAGGAUUUCGAAGGCAACUGGGCCUUCGCGUUGUACGACAGUUUUGUGCUCGAGUCUGAAGACAAUUACUUCCAACUGGUCCUGGGACAGUACAGCGGAGAUGCAGGUAACAGCCUGUCAUACCACAGCGGCAAGAAUUUUUCUACCUAUGACAGGGACCUGGACGGUUACGAUGGAAACUGUGCCAGUAGUUACAAGGGCGGCUGGUGGUACGGUGCGUGCCACUCCUCCAACCUAAAUGGACUCUACCUGGCAGGAAACCACACGUCAUACGCAAACGGCGUAGACUGGAGCGCGUGGCGCGGCUACCACUACUCCGCUAAGACAAGCGUAAUGAAGAUUGGAAGAAAAGUGAAUUUUGUUCCUUAAACAGACUCUGUUGAAUUUGUUGCCACAGUAAA